CAGAAUGGAGGGACACAGUGUGUAACCUGUGUGGAGGUGAAGAGGUAACUUGACUCUCCCCUGUCCUCUCGCGUUAUUUUCCGCUGUCACCGACGAGCCGUUGGAGACGCAGUGUGAGUUGAGCUGAUGACAGGCCUUCCAUCACAGCGGAGCUGUUAGUGCAGCCGCCACUUUCAUUUCCUCCACACGGGAACUUUCGGCUCUUUCUUUUUUUUUUUUACUUCUUUCAUUUUGCUGAAAUUUUUCAUUUCCCCCUCACCCUGCCUUAUUUUCUUCUGGGGUUAGUUUGAGAUGUUUCCAUGAUUUACUUCCGUUCUGCCGUAUGACUCCACACUCUACUAUUUAUUCUAUUUUACAUCAGUGACUCAAUUUACAGUUUUUGGAUGGAGCUUUUCGAUUUUUGAUGUUUUUCUUACACACUUCUACAAACGUGCUCUCUGGAUUCCUGCUCCUCUGACUUCUCUCAGUCCCACCGUGCCUCAGUCUGCAUGGACAACAUGAACUCGUUUGUGGAAUACUCCUUCUGUAACAGACCGGGCCCGAGCGCCUAUUCUGCGCCCAAACCUGCGCACCACCACCACCACCACCAUUUGCAUCACCUUCACCAUCCUCUGGACCAGACUCAGAGCUUUCCGGUGACCUCCGGCGCCUUCCACGCGGGCCCCGCCGCCUCCUCAUCUGCGGUUAAUGGGACGAGAGGUGACAGCACGAGUUACACCGGGGAUGGACGGCUGUAUGAAGGAGUCCAUGCGGCCACAGGGUCGACCCAGCAUCAGCAUCAUCACCAUGAACAGCAUCAGCAGACGCACAGCGGCUACCAUCAUCACCUGCACCAAACUCAAAGCCUGCAGAGCGGAAUACUGCAUCCCUAUAAUAACGGGAAUAACGCCAACACCGGGGCCUACGCGGGUCAGGCGUGUGCCACAAACUCGGAGUACAUUUCCGCGCCGGGCCCUGCUAACACCGCUCACCCUCAGUAUUUCAUGGAGGAGUCUGUGGCCUCCACCUACUAUCAUCAAUCAAACUUCCCAAGCUCGGCCUCCACUGUCGGCCCCAGCUACGGGGCCCUGGCAGGGGCCUACUGCGGGCCUCAGGGCGCUCUGGCGGGGCCACAGUUCCCGCAGCAGCUCGGCGGGGGUCUGGAUGCAGCCAGCUACAUGGGGCUUCCCCACGGGGGAGGUUACGGGGAGCUGCCGGUCUCUCAGGACCGAGACAGGGGGGAUGAGGAGGGCCAGCAGGCCGGGCAGGGACAGACCUUCGACUGGAUGAAGGUGAAGAGGAACCCGCCUAAGACAGUUAAAGUUGCAGACUUCGGCCUCGCGGGCGCGCACAACAACGCCAUGCGCACCAACUUCAGCACGCGCCAGCUGACCGAGCUGGAGAAGGAGUUCCACUUCAGCAAGUACCUGACGCGCGCACGCCGCGUGGAGAUCGCGGCCACGCUGGAGCUGAACGAGACGCAGGUGAAGAUCUGGUUCCAGAACCGGCGCAUGAAGCAGAAGAAGCGCGAACGGGAGGGCGCGUCCGCCACGACCCACUCCGCCUCCGGUACCGGCGGAGGCUUCAUCAAGGACCUGGAGGACACCGACCAGUCCUCCGCGUCAACCUCUCCAGGCGCGUCCCCGAGCCCGGAGACGUAGUCAGAGACUAUUGUGACUGGUGACCUAUAUACAGCCUUAUUCUACUGAGCGACCCACUGUCUAAUACAUGGGUUCUAAUAUGAGAGGAGUAAUAAUCAGCGUCCAUCUUCCACUUGAGCUUUAGUUAAUGUCCCACAAUUCAUUUUGAAGUAUGGACUUCUUCACCUGGACUUUUUAUAAGACUAAGUUUUACAUAUAGGUAGAGAGAAGCUGUGUCCUGUUAUCUCAUCUCUUGAUCAAACAUCUCCUUCUGGACUAUUGCUGAACAUGCACACAAUUAAAUGUGACCUUUAACCAACACAAGUGAAAGUAUGCUCCAUGCAGGUGAUGCUAAAUAACUAUAACCAACUCCUCUGAAGGUCUUGACCUGUUGAAGGUUCUAUGCUGUUUAUCCUGAACCAAACUCUGAGAUCACUGCGUGUUGGGAUUGACACACCUUUUAUAUUCCAGUUUUAUUCCUAAAUUGGGAUUUCAGGAGCUAUUUUAAGAGGAAAAUGACGAAAUAGGCUCCAGAUACUGGUGUACAGAUGGAUCCCCCUGAUGAUAUAAGAUGCACUUUGGCAUGUCUGAAUUAAGGAGUUAACCUGCUGGUAUUAGGGUUUUAAUGUGGAUAGCACGUUAGCUUGUUUUUAGUUGAGUUUUUCAUUCAACCAUUCAUUUAAACAUGAAUUUCCCAGCAACAUGGACUCUAUGGUUAUAAAUACAGGGAGCCUCUGAUGGCAAAAAAUAUAUACGUUUGUUUUCUAUCUGGUUGUUCUGCAAUUGUUUUCUAAAGAACGUUUAUGAAUAUUAUUAUAUAUUUUUUAUUUUUGAAUGUUUCAAGUGUUCUGUGUGUAUGUUUCAGUCCGCACAGCUAUGGCCUUUGCACUAUGUGACUACAGGGUAACAUUUCGGAUGGAGACAGGAUGGUCAGGGUGUUCGGUGUGACACAUGAAUAAGCUCAAUGGAAUUCUCUGUUUCCUUUAGUUUCUACGAAUGAUGACACAAGGCUGCGAUGCCUUCACAGACACUCAGGGCUUUAUUUGGGAUGUGUGUAAGUGUGUGUGAUUGUGUGGAAGGGGUUGAGGGGUCCAUGAUUAAAUAAAACUACUGACAAGGCCCAUCAGAUACAAAUGUCUCCUUGCUGAGGAGGAAACAUGGGCAGUUUUUACCACUUGUUCUUUCUCCCAUGAGAGUAAAUUAUUGGAUCCAUUGUAUGUUAUUGAUUGUAGAAUAUGGGAAACAGUGUGGAUAUGAAUGGGGUUUUUCCCCUGGGGUAAUUUUGUCUUGUUACUACUGAGGGCCAUGAUACUUUAAACCAGACAAAGUCUCAAUAUAGGGAUGUUUUUACUACUCCUAAACCGAGUCUGACUUCUGCAAAUCCAACAAAAGUAAGUGCAGUUAACAGAAGUGUCAGAACACUUUAUUUCAGAGGCAAAGAGAAGUGAAUGAAAUGUUACCUUCCUCAGGAUACAUUUUAUAAACAUCAUUUAGGAGCACAUUUCUUCAUAUGUGUAAUAUUGUCAGGUGAAAUGUUGGCGUGUACGUUGUGAACUGCUGUGACUGGUUUCUCUUUUACUGACUGUUGUUUUUAAAGGAGAGCACACUGACUGAAUGUUACUCGUUCUGCUGCCUUAGAAACUCCCAAUCAUGAAGUCUGUCUGUGUUUUUAUACUGCGAGCUACCUCAAGUAAAGAUUCUUCUGUCAAUCCUG